CCGGUUUGCGGCGUUUCUUUCUCUUUCCGUGUUAGAAGUUCAACGAGGCAACACGUACGUGUUCGGCCCGUCGUGAGCAAAAAUGGUGAACCACCGUAUUCCUUCGGUCUUCUCCAAGACCUACGUUACUCCACGUCGUCCGUUCGAAAAGCCGCGUCUCGAUGCGGAAUUGAAGAUUAUUGGCCAGUACGGCCUGCGUAACAAGCGUGAGGUAUGGCGUGUGAAGUACACGCUUGCCAAGAUCCGCAAGGCUGCUCGUGAGUUGCUCACGCUGGAAGAGAAGGAUGAGAAGCGUCUGUUCCAAGGUAACGCCCUGCUGCGUCGUCUGGUCCGCAUCGGUGUGCUGGAUGAGUCUCGCAUGAAGCUCGAUUACGUGCUCGGCUUGAGAAUUGAGGAUUUCCUUGAGCGUCGUCUGCAGACCCAGGUGUUCAAGCUGGGAUUGGCCAAGUCGUACCAUCACGCUCGCGUUCUGAUCCGCCAGCGUCACAUUCGUUCUCUAGAGAGAUUUUGCGCUGGCCCCGUGCCGCCGCAAAUGAUCGUGAGUGCCACUUAGAUUCUGAAGGGUCGCAAGAUUUUUCGGUUUCUAACGCCUCACAUACGUACACACGAAAAACUAGUUCAGUGACACGGCUUUACUUGCACGAUGAAGCAGUUUCCUGGUUGGUCGCCAACGCGCAUUGGCGAUCAUUGGAUCUAUUCACGGCAAGAAUGAGCCAUUAGGAACUUGUUAAUUCGUGCUGAAACGUACUCGCCGAUCCACGGAAGCAAGAAUCAGAUGUAUUUCUUCCACAUGCGCGAUGCAGCGAUGCAUUGAGGAUCACUGGAAGGUUUUACUGUUGUAUCGAUUCGGAACGAGGUA